CGCCUGUGGUGCUGACUACACUAUCUCUGCCUGUCUUCCUUCUCUCUCAUUCCGACGCUCCUCUGCUUCUCUGCUGCUGCUCUCUGAAACACUCUCACCCUCACACCCUCACACGCUCUCUCUCCCUUCCUCUCUCUGCACUGCUGCAAACAUGGCCGAUGCUUUUGUGGGCACAUGGAACCUCAAGGAGAGUGAGAAAUUUGAUGAAUACAUGAAGGAGCUGGGUGUGGGAUUCGCCACGCGCAAGGUGGGGAACAUGACCAAGCCCACCACAAUCAUCGCAGUCGACGGCGACAAAGUCACGCUGAAGACCCAGAGCACCAUCAAGAACACAGAGCUCAUCUUCACACUGGGGCAGGAAUUCGACGAGACCACCGCAGAUGACAGGAAGGUUAAGUCCCUUGUGACGAUAGCAGAUGGAAAGAUGGUACACGUACAGAAGUGGGACGGCAAAGAAACCAGUCUGACUAGAGAAGUCAGCGGAAGCAACCUCACACUGACACUUAAAUUGGGAGACGUUGUUUGCACGCGUCGCUACGAGAAGGCAGAGUGACGCCCCUACUGUAACAGCCGCCCACAUCAGCUGAUGCCCCAAAAAAACUCACUAAUACCAUUUGGACACAGGCCGAGCAAACUCGUCCUUUUACAGAGUUACUAGUUUCCCUCGGUGUUGUUUCUUACUGUACUUUCAGUGUUAACGUAACUACUGACGACGACCUCCUCUGUCUCCCAGGCCUUUUCUCUGUGUGUCCGUCCUUUUUCCCGUUUAAAAAAAGGAACACUGAAUUAAUUUCAAUGAUGUGCUAUUUUUUUUUUCUUUCUUUUUUUAAAAUAAAGCUGCAGGUCUUUCGUUUUUUGAAAAAUGUGUUUUUGCAUGGGGCCUAAGAGUGUUGGAAUCUGUUGGGAUCCCUGUUAAAAUCUGAAAAGUCAGAAAUAAAAGUGUUAAAACUUACAAA